CGACGUUCCUGCAGUCAACGCGGAAGGCAGCAGCGGCAAUGAUGCUGAUGCAAUUGGGGAUGAGGCCAUGGCAAUGAGCAUUGCGUUACUCAGGAGGCUCGGCAGCACGCCACCAUGGGAGGCUACAAGGGCAGGAACGGGGACUGCGUCCAGCGUCAAUGGGACGAGCGUGGCAGAGGUGCUGGUGCUGAGGCCCGAACGCAGCUGCGCGGCCGCACUUUUGGACCCAGCUGGAGGUGGCGGGAUUGCGGCGAGCGACCCAUGGGUCCAGCGAACGGAGCUGGUGCGGCUACUGCUGGCUGUGUGUCUUGAUGGGCAACGGGUGCGUUUCAAAGCUCUGGGUGAC